AUGGGAGGAGGCGCGUCUCUCCCGGCUUUGGACCCUUCUGCUGCCGCUGGUUGCCUCGGUGGAAGCCAUCGACCCUAUUUGUUUCCAGAGGCUUCAAAGAGUGACGCAGAGGCGGAGGGUGAGGGAAGGACGAAGAUUUCCGGGGUGGCAGCUGGUGGCCGAGAAUAUCUUCAAACUACGCAGGAACCCGUGCCGGUGGAAAGGGAGGACAAGUCUGCCGAAGAUGGCGGCCGUGCUCCCUGUCACAGAAUCGCAGAUGGUGGCCGCGAAUAUCUUGCCACCCCUUUACAGCCUCACCUCCAGAUAGAUCAGGAUCCAAGUAACACCAAUGCGCCAGCUCCAAGCUAUGAAUUGUCAAGGCCCGAAGAACUUGUCCGAUUCUUGCGAGAGGCCAAUGUGGCCUUGGUUCGCGGGAAGUUUCUGGCCAGGCUGAUUGAAGAAAAUCGAGUGCUGCCGCGACGUCAAGAGGCAGAAACUGAGAAAGACGCGUUUGUCACAGAUGGCGAACUGGAGGAGUGGAUCUCCAAACAACGACCUGUCAUUUGGACCCUCUCCCACUCUUGGGAGAGCAGGGAACAUGCAGAUCCUUUUGGCUAUCAGAUCUGCAGGUUGAAGGAGGGAUUCGAGAAAACACCUGCUCUUGGUUUAGAGAUGUUUCACUCUGCCUGGUUCUUCUAUGACUACGUCUGUCUUUAUCAGUUCAAGCGGAUGGAAAACCAUCAAGAGGACAGCUUUCGGAAAGCCAUGGGGAAUAUGCACGUGCUUUACGCACACGAGUGCACUCGCACCAUCUCCAUUCAAAAAGCAGCACCUCCCAAUUGGAUUGAUCUUGAAAAAUCCAUUCCUAUCUACUACAAUCACUCAGGGAAAGUGGAGCCGCGACCAAUAAAAUCCUUGAUUCUCAAUGACACUCCUUACAUAAAACGAGGUUGGACUCAAGCAGAACUGCUUUGGAGUUCGUCUCGGGCGCAAAUGCUUUUCAUUCCAGAGCUCAAUUUGAGUAUCAGUGGGUGCACCACAGAUGCUGAACUGCUGGAUGGGGAGGCCAGCAACACUGCGCAACGGGCCGAGGUUCCCGUAACACCAGAGAUAUUUAAGCAGAGGACUGAGGAGCUGGUGUUUACCCAUCGGGUGGAUUUGGAUCCGGUCAUCAGACUUCAAGCCAAGGUCUUUCACUACAAGGCAUCUUCAGCCCUCAGCCUCUCACUGCAGCAGCUGACUGCUUCGGAUGUGGAAACUCUGUCGGCAGCUCUGCCACACUACGUAUUCCUGCAAUCCCUGGCAGUGUCGCACUUGGAACUUAACGAGAAGGCGGCCAAAAGCCUCGAAAAUGCUCUGCUGGAGGUCCCUCAACUGAGAUCCAUCAGCUUCACCGACUGCGCAAAGCCAUGCCCUGAGCUGGCCAUGGCAAUGGCUGGUGUCUUGAAAGGCCGUGGAUUUCUGCACCACUUGGACUUGACGGGCUGCUGCCUCACCACUGCGGGCAUGGAAGCCUUAGCUGAAGCCCUGAAGGACAAUUCAGUUUCUCUACAUGAGCUGGUCUUGAUGGACCUUCGGGAGUCCGGCGAUGGGAAAGCGUUGGCCAAGGGAGUGAAGAGCAACACUUCGGUGACGAUGUUGCAAAUCUACGGCACAUCUCUCUCCUUGGAGGCCAUUGAAGUCUUGUUCGAGUCACAGCUGGGCAGUUUGGGCUUCGGUGCGCGCUACCACGGUGCCGCCGCCGACGGCGUGUGGCGCCUGAAAGAUCUGGGGACGCAGCUCACGGACGCCGUGGAAGCAGUGGCGGAAGGGAUGGAGCUGACUACCAGCCUUUCGGAAUUGGAUCUGAGCUAUUGUGGAUUGGAGGAUCCUCAUGCACAGCGCUUGGCGAAGGCACUGAAGAGGAACCAGUCCUUGAGGUUCUUGGAUCUCAGGAGCGAUCAGCCAUUCUCUGAAGAGACGACCCGGGAGUUGAAGGACGCCUGGAAUGAAAGCAGACCCUUAGAUCAUCUCCUUCUGUGA